UCGAAUUACUACACGUGGUUUUUAAUCUUAUUUUAUACUACAUACUCAAGAUCUAAAAUUCAAAUAUCUCCGACAAAAUGGCUGCCGAUAAUUCUAAGGCUUUUACUGUGCAAAAUAAUGUUUAUAAAGGAAAAGUGUCAUCUGUUGUAGUUAACUAUAACAGCCUGGCAGAGUUAAUAUGGUCCAAAAUGAAAAGCAAUGGAGAUAAAAUUGCACACUUGGACGCAUGCACUGAGAAAGUAGUUACGUAUACGAAGCUGCAAGACAAAGUCGUGAAAUGCGCAUUAUGGCUACAAAAACAAGAAAUCAAACCCGGCGAUGUUGUUACUGUGUGCACACACAAUCAUUUUGAUUCCAUUGUGCCUUGCUUGGCGGCAAUUUACGUCAACGCGAUCUUUAAUCCGUGGUAUGAGGGCAUGGAUUUGCAAACCGCGCUGCAUGUCAUGCAACUGACAACUCCGAAAGUGAUCUUCUGCAGCGAGAAACCCGCGAAUAUUAUUUUGAGAGCGAUAAAAGAAAGCAACUUUAACCCCAUUGUUGUGGUCUUUGGCGAUCAUCCAGACGCGAUCACGUUUUCAAACAUUUUGAAUAAUCACAGCAAUGCAGAAGUGACAAAUUUUCGAUAUGUCGAGAUCGACAACAUCAAGCAAACGGCGUGCAUCAUACAUUCCUCAGGCACCACUGGAAUGCCAAAAGGCGUCGAAAUGUCCAAUUACUGUCUAAUAAUCGCCAGCGUGGAUACAAAUGUAAAUUUGAACAAUGCGGUGUCAAUUUGGUUCUCAUCACUUUAUUGGUUCAGUGGAAUAAUAAUGAACCUAAAAUCCAUCGUGCAGGGCGCCACAGUAAUUUUAUAUCCGGAAUUUGAUGAAGAAAUGACGUGUAAAUUAAUCGAGAAAUAUAAGGUAACGGUGAUUUUUCUAAGUCCGAGCAUGAUCAAUAGAUUUCUUAAAGCGGGUUAUGCAAAAAAGUAUUCAUUAUCAUCUUUGGCAGUCGUAAUAUGUACCGGUGCAAUAAUCAAACCAAAAGUACAGGAAGAAAUUAGAUGUAUCUUACCGUAUGCUCAAAUGUUACAAGGUUUCGCAAUGACAGAACUGGGUGGACUUGCGACGUUACAAUUUCCGCAUCAUAAAGCUGGAUCUUGUGGGACGGUAAUUGAGAAUGUAGAAAUAAAGAUUGUAGACCCAGAAAAUGGAAAGAUCCUUGAUCCGAAUAAUCAGGGAGAAUUGUGGAUAAAAACAGCAAUCAUAAUGAAUGGCUACUACAGAAAUCCUGAAGCGACAAAAAGGACUGUUGAUGAGGAAGGAUGGCUGCAUUCGGGUGAUAUUGGUUACUUUGACGAAGAUGGAGAACUCUAUAUUGUUGAUAGGAUAAAGGAACUUAUAAAAUACAGAGGAUUUCAAAUUUCACCUGGACAAGUUGAAGGUGUUUUAAUAACACACCCAGCAGUGAUGGAAGUUGCAGUACUAGCAGUGCCUCAUCCAAUAGAUGAUGAACAUCCUAUUGCUUUUGUUACCAAAGUGCCUGAUGCAAAGGUAACAGAGCAAGAGUUAAUAGACUUUGUAGCGAAUAACAUGAUGGAUCAAUAUAAACUUCGUGCUGGAGUGAUAUUUUUGGAUGCUUUUCCAUAUACAGGUUCAGGAAAAAUCGCGAGAAAAGAAUUGAAAACGAUGAUUAGAAAACUAACAGUUGAAUCAAAUAAUUAAUUAAAUUUAAUUACUAAUUAUUAUAUGUAAUUAUA